CCUAAUGCGAGAAGACUACGUUCAAAUCAAGAGCAAUGAAGAGAGCAGGCCAUACACCGUGUUCGAGGCACUCACAUUUCUCAAUAGGAACCCGAAAUACGAUCCAUCGAGAAAAACUUCGUUCAUGGACCAUCUAAACAAUGAACUGAGACAGUUCAUUGAGUUCCUGAAGCCAAGCCAUGAGGAGGUUGCUCUUAGAAAAGUCAUGAUAGAAAGAGUAAGGCAAUUGAUUUUGAGCGGGUUAAAGGAAAUAAGGAGGCAGAGAAUGGGCACUGAGAGCGGAAAUGACUGCUCAACAAACGUAUCGGGCAAAGAGUCAAAUUUAAUUGGUGGUGGCGAGAUAGAGAACGGAAAGGAAAAGACAGAAGAUGAUAAAUCGGUUGCCGAAAAGAACGAGACUGCAAGUUACGAGGACACGGUCAACUGCUUUGGUAGCUACGAGACCGGGCUGUACCUACCAGGUGGGGACAUUGAUUUGACACUUUUUACCAAGGAAAAAGACGCAUUGAAGAAGUUGCAAGGAUAUUUGUGCGACAGUGCUUUUAUCUUUACGAAGAGCGUUAUCUUUUUGUCCAAAGCACGGGUGCCCAUACUUAGAUUUAUGGAUAUCUGCCAUUUCAGAUAUGACUUGUCUUUAAAUCAGGAUUCUGGCAUAGUACACACCAAGUUUGUAAAAAAGGUACUGCAGCAGCAGCCAUACAUCAAGGAUAUAGCGCUGUUUUUGAAGUAUUUUCUUAAAUCGCGCGGAUUGAACGAAAGCAAAAGAGGAGGACUGUGUUCAUAUGCACAGCUGUUGAUGAUUAUCAGUUUCCUCAAUCUUCACCCACUCGUGCAGCGCCAAAUGCCUAUUACACCCAAUCUAUCCGUUUUGUUCAUGGAUUUGUUUCUGUUUUACGGCCAGGAUUUCUGCUAUGACAAGGCCAAAAUUUGUUCGUACGGUUACAAAAAGAAGGAUAAUAACAACUACCUGUCCAUCGAGGAUCCUACAGAUAAUACCCAUGACGUAGGAAGCCUGUCGACGAAUAUGAAUGCUAUCAGAGAUGUGUUUACGCACGCGUACAGGAUUAUGAGUGGCGUGGCUCGAGAAAGGAUCGGUGAUAAAUACAUUGCACUGUCGUUGUGGAUCAAAGUUAGCGAUGGUGAGAUUGCGUGGAGAGAUAAUGUGAGCAAAUUUCACAAAAAAGUUGUGAUAGAUAAAGAAAUAUGACUAA